CCCUCUUUACAAUUUUUUUUUUAAAAAAAAAAACAUUAAAUAUAAAAACUCAUUUCGAAUAAAUACCAAUCAACCCCUUUUCUUCAAGAAAACCGUAUCACAUAUUCUUCAAAUUCAUCAAAGAGAGAGUGAUAUUGUCAAGUACUUCAUUCACUAGCUCGAGUAGCGGUUCUCUUGUUAUGGAGCUUUUCCCUUCAGAACCAGACUUGUACUUACAGAUCGGCCCGCCAAACAGCAAAACCUCUUUAGAAUGCGGACGAAGAGAAGAACAAGUAGAGAUGCGACUAGGGUUUUGGAGCAAACCCUCUCAUUCAGACAGAACCUCAUCUUCCCUGGUGUCUCGGGCUCUAAACACUGCUCAUCGCCACCCCCACCACUUCACCACCAUCAACCAGUCCACCAACUGUUUCCUCCACCCUUUUCACCAACAGCCUCAAGAAAACAAAACCCUUUACGAUCAAGAUCAAGAUCUGAGAUCAAUCUUGAUGAGACCGAUCAGAGGAGUCCCUAUUCACCAGAACCAUCUUUAUAUCCAAUCUUUUUUACCUUCCGCCUCUCCAACCCCGUUCUUCCGCGGUAAAAACAGAAACGUGGCCUCGAACUUUAACCCUGGGUUUCACCAUGGUCACCGUUAUCAAGCGACGGUGAACAGAGCGUCGUCUUCACCGAGAUUCACGUCAAAGUUUAUGGAGAGACGAGGAGUAAGAGCUCCGAGGAUGCGUUGGACGACGACCCUCCACGCCCGCUUUGUUCAUGCUGUUCAAUUAUUGGGCGGUCAUGAAAGAGCAACACCUAAAUCAGUUCUUGAGCUCAUGGAUGUGCAAGAUCUCACCUUGGCACAUGUUAAGUCUCAUCUACAGAUGUACCGGACCAUCAAAUCAGCUGAAAAAGGGUCGGAUGAUGCUUGUGGGAAUGGAUCGUCUGGUGGGAACUGCGAGGGACAAAAGCAGAAAGGAAGAAAUCUCCAAGGUCUGUGGAACAACUCCUCGAGAUAAAAAGGAAGAAUGCGGAAGGAAGACGCCGAAACUACGAGAGAAUGUCAUCUGGUUCAUCAAGCAUCACCGUGGCACAGACUCCUAAUCUCGAUUUCAUCUUGGCCACACCAAAUCUCACUACCUAAUUAGUAUUUUCGUAUAUCAUUGCAUUAUAUAUAUAUAUAUAUAUAUAAUAUAGUAAGAUUUGUCAUUGUUAUUAUAAUUAUCCAGAGAGAUUCAAAUGAAUCUCGUAGCUUUUGUGUGCUA